AUGCAUCACCGGGGGCACACUGCCUGCCCUUCAAGAUACCUGCGGCACCCGAUGUACAGGAAGGCCAAAAAGAUUAUCAAGGACAGUUUCCCAGCCCUGUGCAGCCCUCUAGCCACUAAGGACUGGUCUGGGACCAGGGUUCAAUCUGAAGUGUGUGUUGGGAUCAUCAGAGCAGUGUCAGAACUGGAAGAAACACUGGCUAAAGAAAUUGAGAAACUGGUGGACACUGAGCUGAAGAGAAUUCCAAAAUACUCAGUUGACCUGACACUUGACCCGGACACAGCCAACCCGUGGCUCCAGCUCUCAGAGGACGGUCGACGGGUACAACACCUCGGGGCGUGGCAGGACCUUCCGGAUGUCCCAGAGCGUUUUGAUACAGUUGUCAUCGUCCUGGGCUGCGAGGGCUUCAGCACCGGGCGGCACUACUGGGAGGUUCAGGUGGGAGACAAAGAUGACUGGUACCUAGGCGUGGCCAAGGCGUCGGUCAACAGGAAGGGCCGGAUCGCCAUCAGCUCCUCCCAGGGCUACUGGGCGCUGGCCAUGAAGAAAGGUCAGGAGUAUAAGGCCUCCACGACCCCGCCGUUACCGCUGACCCUUGACCCCAAGCCGAAGAGGGUCGGGGUGUACGUGGACUGUGACGAGGGCCAGGUGUCAUUUUACAAUGUGAGGGAGAGGAGUCAUAUCUAUACGUUCAUGGAGGACAGCUUUAAGGAAAAGUUGUUUCCCUUUUAUUUGUACUGUUGUGAUAAACAGUCGGAUACCAUGGUAAUCUGUCCGGCCAAUGAGAAGACUCAGAUCAAGCAAUGCUGAGAAAGACUGAAACUCUGAAAGACUACAAUUCUGUGUGCAGAUAACACAUGUACAAAUGAUCUUGGUAGGGAAACCAUGUUCUAAUUACAAAAUGAGGAAAAGAAAUCCAGUAAAUCACAUCGUAGGAUUUUUUAUGAAUUUAUUUGCAAAUUAUGGUGGAAAAUAAGUGUUUUGUCUGUCAUAGUUGAAGUGUACCU